AUGCACGUAGAGCUGAGCACGCCAAUUUUCCCAGGGAUGAGGGUCACUAACAGAAGCGCCUGGGCCAUUAAGGACCUCGCUCCCACAACACUUCAGGUGGAGCCACGUGGUUGGGACGUUGGAAGCUUGGGUGAAGACUACGCAGAGGUCAUUGUAUUGACUGUGGUGUCAGCCUCCUACUUUAGAUUCUUUACAUUUAGAGAUGCAAAUUUCUUACUUGGAAACGUUACUGUUAAUGGACUGAAGCCUAAUACAACCUACGAAGUAACUGUGCAAGCAGUGGGCAAAGUCGGCACCAUUUUCAUUUACGAAGAAUUAAUUACAACCCUCUCCCAUGAAGGCGUUGUCACAAGUAGUGCAUCCGCACUAACUCCCUCAAUCUUCGGGGCUGUCUUCUCUUUCACGGCCAUGGUUCUUGCUUUAAAUUCAGUAAACAAGCAAGCGCUUAACGAAGAUCAACUCAAUUUGACCCUGAGGUCACAUCGUAAAAGGCUUCGUGUGCCAGAAGCCUGCACCCAUUCUUUAUUUUGUGGGCAGUUCUUUUUGCCGUUUCAUUGCGACAAUCAGUUCAAUCCCAUGUCUUGUUCCACAACUCGGCGUACCUUUUUUAAGGACAUACAGCAACUCUACGAGACAAUCGGAGCCUCAACAGAUGGUCAGGCGACCAUCUUAGGGACCGGCGAGAUGUCUGUUAGGGUAUCACUGCGACCCAAAUCUGGCUGCAACGCGCACGCAGAAUUCAUUUUAAGCAUCAAGUGUACUUCCUCUUAUCCACGAAACUGUCCUGAUGUGACCUUCAGUUCUCCCAUAUUUCAUCCCAACAUCGAUUCACAAAGUGGAUCAGUGUGUCUGAGUCUCCUCAGUGAGUGGCAAAGCAAAGCUUCUCUACCACACUACCGUUUCGCUAAACAGGACAAGGCAAUCUGGAUUCCUUUCUCGACGCUAUUCUGUGCUCUGAAGCCCAUGGCAGUUGACGGCAUUCGUUCGGUGCUUGGCAGCAAGUCCACUCCUAGGACACCAUGUUGUGUAUCAUGUAGUGUAUAA